AAUUUCAGGGCCUAUAAAUGUAGGAUUUCAAUAGCGUAUCAUCCAGCUCGUAUCUCACGGUACAACCAACCACAGCAUCAGCGUAUACAGCGGACAAGUUUCAGUAUGGCUCGAGCCCCUUCAGUCUGGAUGCAUUUCAAAGAUGCGUUCCCUGGAGACAUCAUUCGCAACGAGAUUCUUGUUCCUAAAGAUGGUUUUGUACUUGAUACUUACUACUGCACCAUGAGCUGGAAUGGCGGGAUGGAAGGUGGAGGCUAUUGUGGUCUUCAGGAUCACCCGAAGGGAAAAGCGUUCAUCUACUCAAUUUGGGACCCAAAACAAACCAAGUCCAUUCCUAUCAAAGCAGCCUACAAGGGACUGUGGACCGAGGUGGCCAAUUUUGGUGGAGAGGGAACUGGACUCCGAUCCCUUAACUUCUCCAUUGGUUGGAAGCCGGAUCAGUGGUAUACCCUGGUGUCCAGAGUGUGGGACGUCAAUGGCCAUACCUUCUUUGGCUUCUGGAUCCAUGACCAGACCGAUCACCACUGGUCACACAUGAUCACCAUGGAUUUCCCUGUGAAGCAGGUCAGGUUCAAUUCUGACACGAGCCUUUUCCUAGAAGACUGGGUGGGGACUGGACAGAACGCGCGCAAAGGUCACUACCGUCAGGGUUUCAAGAGGAAAGUCGACGGCAGCUGGUUCCCCUUCACAAAGACGAGUUUCAGUGUCGUCGUUGAAUCAUCCACUCACAACCACGCCAACAACUAUGACGCUGGGGUGGAGAAGGACUAUUUGUACAUGGCUAGCGGAGGUCACGUCCAUACGUCGCCAGGAAUCGGUCUUCACGCCAAUUUAGAACUACCAAGUCAUCAUGCUUCCCCUCCUGAUCCUCCGAUCAGCUUCAGCAUCACCAAGGCAAAGCCAGAUGUCGUGGAGUGGCAGGUCCUAGCGUCGUCCACGCCGCAGUUUCACUACAGCAUUGUCCGGAACGGCACACAGAUUGCAUCGGGGACUGACACGGAGAGGAGAAGUCACCCAAUACAUGGAGCUCGAGCUGGGGACACCCUUGAGAUUCACCUUGAGGACAUCCUGGGGAAGACAUCCACCAAGUCUGUGAAGAUAUCGGCUUAGACAGGCAUGCUUGGGACCACAUUGGGGACAGUUUGGGGAAGACAUCCACCAAGUCUGUGAAGAGCUCGGCUUAGACAGGCAUGCUUGGGACCACAUUGGGGACAGUUUGGGGAAGGCAUCCACCAAGUCUGUGAAGAUCUCGGCAUAGACAGGUAUGCUUGGGACCACAUUGGGGACAGUUUGGGGAAGACAUCCACCAAGUCUGUGAAGAUCUCGGCUUAGACAGGCAUGCUUGGGACCACAUUGGGGACAGUUUGGGGAAGACAUCCACCAAGUCUGUGAAGAUCUCGGCAUAGACAGGUAUGCUUGGGACCACAUUGGGGACAGUUUGGGGAAGACAUCCACCAAGUCUGUGAAGAGCUCGGCUUAGACAGGUAUGCUUGGGACCACAUUGGGGACAAUUUGGGGAGGACAUCUACCAGGUAUGUUCAGAACGAGUCCUAAACACGCUUCACAUUGAGGACAUCUUGGAUGACAUCGAGCAAGACUGUGAAAAUCUCAAACAGGUUCUAUUAACUACCAAUGAUUUCUUAAUUAUGCAUUGAUAUCCUUCAUGACUUGGACAUGUAUCUUAAUUGUAUCCUUAUAGUUUCAUGUAACUCCAUUCCUUUGUUUCAACGUUGUUGCUUAGAUUAGUAUAUAUACUAUUUAAAUGGGUAAAGAUAAUUUAGACCAUCAUCACCUCCCUAAAACUUCUGCUUCAAAAUGAAUAGCUUGAACGGUGAUCAAAUAUCAUAUUUUAUAUAUUGUGUAUGGUCUGUGAUCUGAAGUGUAUCGACUCAUAAUAAUAUAUGUAAUAAGAAAGUCAUUGUAUACACAUGAUAAAACUAAUUGUUUGAUUAUGAAGAUUGUGUAUAAAAUAUUAAUAACACAAUGACAUGUAGUGAAUAUAUGUAAGCAGUAUUAUACAUUUACGUUUGAAUAAAAACUACCUUUAUUGAUAGUAAUUGAAUGCACGUUAAUUGAAAUAUUAUUGACAGAAAUGAGGCAAUAGUUAAAUAUUGAUAAUGUUGCAAGCACGAUGUUUGAUUUCGACUAAUAGAAUCUUUAAUAAAAUAGAUAGAAAUACCAUGUAAAAAUAUUGUUAAAUAAUGAAAAUAUAAGUUUAAAAAAUGUCGAUGACCAUCGCGAUACGGAGGAAGGUAACCUUUGUGUUUAUAAAUUUCAUAUAUAUCUUUCGGAUGAUUCCAUUCAAAUGUUGUUGUUUUUCCAUACUUAAGAAGCCACAUGCCCUGGGGUCAGACCAUCUGAUAUUGUGUGGGUGGCUGGGAAGGGGGGUAGGGGCUGGGCUGGUAUUUCAUCGAAAGAAAUUGUUCAAAAAGAUGUUUGAAAAAAGUUAUUAUGCUUCAGACUAUUAAAAAAAAGAAAUUGUCUGCCACAAAAUUGACGUUGUGAUUUAAAAAAUAAAUAUUUAGGCUCAAAGUUAUUAUUAAAAAAUAUAUGUUUUUGCAUCUGUAGCGGAAAAAGAAUGUUUCUUUACAUUAAUGCAUUAGAACGUUUUAAAUUCUGUUUUAAUCUACACAAUAUUCAGAUAGUAUUUAUAUGGUACAGCAUGUACUUAAUUCUUAGUUGAAAAUAGAAAGGACAUACCAGGAGAACAUGAUACUCAUAUUCAAAAACUAAUAAGGUUACACAGUGAACAAUGGGGUUAUUCCAUCUUAAACAUUUAAUGAAUGUCUCCUAUCUCAAUUCCGACUUCUCUGUUUUCGCCGCCACAGAAUAUUCUUUCUAAAGAUAUACCAAUACACAUGUUCAGCUGCACGUUCAUCAUGUUGUAUCUAUAGUGUUCAGGAUAUGUUUGUUACCCUUUUUUAUAUAAUCAUUAUGUACAAUUACUUUCUUUUAAUAAAAAGCUCAAUUAAU